GGUCAGACGAAUUUCUCCCAAUCGGAUGAAGUUCACCCUGGGCCUGGGGUCGCGGGCGUUGAGAGUGUCCUGGGAACGGACGGCCGCAGCAGCUGCAGGCGCUAGGGCGGGCGGCAGAGCAUUCGGCGGCGGCGCAGCGCGCGUCUCCAGCCCGCGGCCAGGCCGCCGCGGCUCUCGGCAGGCGCACGCCCUCCCUCUAUGCCUCUCCGGCGGUGGCGGCGCCCGAGCUCUCCCGGACUGCGCCGGGCCCAGCCCCCGCCGUUCCGGCGCCAGGCAGCUGGCUGGCUCGCGCGUCAUGGAGCAGACUUACGGCGAAGUGAACCAGCUGGGCGGUGUGUUCGUCAAUGGCCGUCCCUUGCCCAACGCCAUCCGCUUGCGCAUCGUGGAGUUAGCACAGCUGGGCAUCCGACCCUGUGACAUCAGUCGGCAACUCCGAGUCUCCCACGGCUGCGUGAGCAAAAUCCUGGCGCGCUACAACGAAACCGGCUCCAUCCUGCCCGGGGCCAUCGGGGGCAGCAAGCCCCGUGUCACCACCCCCAACGUGGUCAAACACAUCCGGGACUACAAGCAAGGAGACCCUGGCAUCUUCGCUUGGGAGAUCCGAGAUCGGCUGCUGGCCGAUGGCGUCUGUGACAAAUACAACGUGCCCUCGGUGAGCUCCAUUAGCCGAAUCUUGCGCAACAAGAUUGGCAGCCUGGCUUCCGAGUGGAAUUAUUACCCAGUCAUCUGGACAUUUAUUGAGAUGUUGAGAGGGGCCCUGUCCGGGAGCGAAGGUGCCUCCUACUCCCCCAAGAUGGAAGACUGGGCUGGUGUGAAUCGCACUGCCUUCCCCACUACUCCGGCAGUAAAUGGGCUGGAGAAACCCUCCCUGGAGGCAGACAUUAAAUACACGCAGUCGGCCUCCGGCCUCUCCGCAGUGGGUAGCUUCCUCCCGGCCUGCGCCUACCCGGCUUCCAACCAGCAUGGCGUGUACAGUGCUCCUGGCGGCGGCUACCUAGCCCCUGGCCCUCCUUGGCCGCCCGCCCAAGGACCGCCGCUGGCGCCUCCCGGGACCAGCGUGGCAGUGCACGGCGGGGAACUCGCGGCAGCAAUGACCUUCAAACAUCCUAGUCGAGAAGUGGCCGAUCGGAAGCCACCGAGCCCGGGUGGCAAGGCCCCGGACGCCCUCAGCUUACACGGACUGCCCAUCCCGGCCUCGACCUCCUAG